AUGACUCCCCUUAGGAACUGGACCCUUACCAGUUCUGAUUCUUCCCCGUUAGCCUACCUCCUGAAAGCACAACAACAAGCAACCAGCGACAGAUUUUCUCCAGACCAAGUCAACUACACCAAAGAGGAGGAUCAAGACACCGGCCGGUGGGCGCAGGUGCUAGUAGGGGAAGAGGAAGACGGCUGGUCGUUUGAACACCUCUGCACAAGCGCCACGUUCCAACAAGAAAGCGAAGCCUGCCGCUUCCUCUGCCACCACUAUUCUCGUCCUCCGUUUUGUACCGCUGGCCUUUCUAUGUUCUUACUACCUUUUGACCCCUCUAUCCCGGUCCCUCCCUCCCGAUCAGCACUCUCUCUCCGCCCCUCCCUCCCCCGCCGCUUCGAGCUUGGCUCAGAUCUGUCAACUCCCCACAGCGCGCUUCAUCUGGGACCAAGACAAGUCGUAUCCCGUACCCGAAAUCUCAGAGACUGGGCUUUGCAAUGCUCUAUAGACUUUAGUUGUAGGGCAGAAUCCGCGAAAAGUGAGGUUGGGGAUACCCUCAAAAUCGUCUACUACGACGCGAGGUUCGACCAAUCCCCAUUUACCGGGGGCUCCAAGCCGAACACAAGGACCGGACCUGAUACUGAAGCAUUUUCGCGCCCCGGCCUCAGGCGCGCUGAAGAGGUUCGGGCCUUCUGGGCUCUGGUCAAGCAGCGCCAGGAGAAGGAAAGAAUAGAGAAGGAAAGAAUACUUCAAGAAUGA